GUGCGUACCAGCCAAUCCGCGGGCGGCUCCACAUCCGGGGCUCUCCUCCCCCCCCCCCCGCGGCCGUUCGCACUCUCGGCUAUGGCGGAGGCGACCAUUUCAGGUGCUGGGAUUUUUCCAGCCCUGCAUACCAACCACCAGUGUUUUCUUUUGAUCCCCUCGUGGAAAGGCCUGAGAUUUCUCUUGGAUUGUGUUCUCAGUUCCUGGUAUCCAGUGGAUUCUCUCAGCAAGCAGGCCUCAUUUGGGCGGGAGAGUCCAAGGGUGGUGUCAUACCCUGCCUGUAACUUAUGCCCUGGGAGACUGAACCUUCAUACCACUGCAGUGGUGCCCAUGGGCUCAGCUGACCACCGGUUCAACCUGGCUGAGAUCCUGUCCCAGAACUACGGAGUGCGGGAAGAGAGAGAGGAGGAGGAGCACACACACGGAAAAGCAAAGCCAUUGGAAGAGCUAGAGAAGAGCUUCAAUGCUUCCCAGAACAGUGACAUGCCAUUUGAGGAACUGCUUGCCCUCUACGGCUAUGAGGCCUCUGACCCCGUCUCGGAGCAGGAUAGCGAGAGCAACGAUGUCACGCCCAACCUUCCAGACAUGACCCUGGAUAAGGAGCAAAUAGCAAAGGAUUUGCUUUCGGGGGAAGAGGAAGAGGAGACGCAGUCUUCAGCAGAUGAUUUGACUCCUUCAGUUACAUCCCAUGAUGCAUCGGAUCUUUUCCCUAACCAGCCUGGUUCCAACUUCCUUGCUGAGGAAGACAAGGGGCCCAGCUCGUCCCCCUGUGCUUCCUUCUCGGCUGAAGACUCUGAAGAGGACUCCAUCCCCCCCAGCGACUGUAAGAAGGAGAUUAUGGUUGGGCCGCAGUACCAGGCAGCUGUCCCUCUCCUCCAGUGGAACAGGCAUGGCGAAAAAGUCUAUGAAAAUGAUGACCAGUUGCUUUGGGAUCCCAAUAUCCUCCCUGAAAGAGAGGUGGAAGAGUUCCUUUACCGUGCUAUCAAGAGGCGGUGGGAUGAGGUCUCCAACCCCAGCCUUCCAGAAGGAGAGGUGGUGAAGGAUAACGAACAAGCCCUGUACGAGCUGGUGAAGUGCAACUUCAAUGCCGAAGAGGCACUGCGGCGACUCCGGUUCAAUGUGAAGGUCAUUCGAGAUGAACUCUGUGCCUGGAGCGAGGAGGAAUGCAGAAACUUUGAACAUGGCUUUCGGGUGCACGGGAAGAACUUCCACCUUAUUCAAGCCAACAAGGUCCGCACCCGGUCCGUGGGCGAGUGUGUGGAGUACUAUUACAUGUGGAAGAAGUCGGAGCGCUAUGAUUACUUCGCCCAGCAGACGCGGUUCGGAAGGAAGAAGUACGUCCUCCAUCCUGGAGCCACAGAUUAUGUGGAUAAUUUUUUAGAUGGUGCCGAAGUUGAAAGUGGCAGCCGCUCCCGUGGCUCCCCGCAUCUCCCUUCAGCCACUGGGAGCCUGGAUUCUCGCUUCAACCCAGAUCACUUGGCAAUGGAGAGUACAGAACCCCUGAGCAUUGAGAGCGCCGCUUGCAGCUUGGGCAGCACAAGCGAGUCAGGCCACGGCUACGAGUGCAGCACCCCUUCGGAAAUAAACUGUUCCUUCGACCACCCUUCAGAAGAGACGCCUGUGGGCAGCGGCGGCACUUCUGCUUUCCUGCGGCAGCCGCCCAACCCCUCGGAAGCCGGGUUCUACCAGUUGGCGGCCGCGGCCAAACAGGAGCCUGUGCGGUGUGCUGGGGAGGCCAUCGCUGUGGACUUCACCCUUCCGGAGAACGUUUCGGAGGGGCUGCCUUUAAUAUCGGGCCGCAUGGGACUGGACAGGGGUCCAGAGACAUUGGCAGCUCCUGCGCAAGUGUCCUUAUCGGUCCCCGACUUCAGCAUCCUGGGCGUUGGAGAUGGAAAUAGCUUCCUGGCCUCUCAGCAGGCCUGCCCAGCGCCUGUGACUCAUGCGGAAUCCUUCUCGCAGUGAUGGUGCCUGGGGAUGGGCCAGCCGUGGGCCAAGCAUCGAUUCGGACCUGACUGGAUUGAAAUCGCUUGGGAACACAGAGGCGGGGCGGA